AUGUUGAAAGAUCUAUACAACAAGAUAGAUGCUGAGAGGAAGAAAGAAAUUGCUGAUGGCGAUGCAGAAUGUGUAGUUGCAUUCUUGGCUGGAAAGCAAGCUAAUGAUCCGAUGUUUUAUUAUUUGUACCAAUUGGAUGACGACAGUAGACUGCGCACUCUUUUUUGGGCGGAUUCACGGUCUCGAGAUGAUUACCGUUAUUUUGGAGAUGUAUUGAUAUUUGAUUCAACAUACAAGAUGAAUGAAUAUCACAAGCCAUUGGUUAUUCUUGCUGAGGGUAAACAAUCAUUUCCGAACCUGAAGAAGCCUGUAUCAGUUCUAACAGAUGGUGACAAAUCGAUUAGGAAAGCAAUUAAAACUGUUAUUCCAGAAGCACACCACCGAUUAUAUUCCUGGCACUUUCAACAAAAUGCCAAAACAGGUGUGAAAAACUAUGAUGACUUUUUUGAGGGCCUUCAUAGAUGUGUGUAUUCAAACUACACUGAGGAGCGGUUGUGGGCACAUGCAUACUUAUGGGAAAAUUUCUUCACGGGAAUGAGAAGUACCCAAAGAAGUGAAAAAAUGAAUGAUGUGAUGAAAAUGUAUUUGGAUCAUGGCAUGAAAUUGUUCGAGUUUGUGAAUGGACACGAAAUGGGAAUUGCAUGGCUGAGGCAUCAAAAGUGCAAAGAACACAGUGACACCGAAAAUAGUACCAUUGUAAUGACCACUACCUUUCCGAAUUUGGAAAAACACGCAAUGGAGUUCUACACCCGUACUAUGCUUUUCAAAGUUCGUGAUGAAAUGAUCAAGUGCAGCAUGUAUAAUCCUGAGAGGGCUGGUUCAUUUGGCAACCACACAGUUUACCUCUUGAAUAAAUAUGGAUCACCAGUUCUACUUGGCGAGUGGAGUUGA